UUGAAAAUUCAUUCCUUCAUCGGGUUGUCGUCCUCUUCUUUCAUUCUUCCCUUGACAGUUAUUAACAGUCACUCCUUUUGAUUGUUCCCUCUACAUUCCUUCCACCAUGAAAGCCACCAUCUUAGCUACUAUCGCUUUGGCGGCAUGCAGUGCCGCCAGCCCCUUGGGCAGCGCUCCCCAAGCCCGAGAUCUCCUUGGAGCUUCAUCCAAGCCUUGCGACUGUGACUCAGACCAUGAUGGCACUCCUGAGGUGCCAUCUUUGCCUCCUUCAGAGGGCCCUACUCCUAUUCCAGUUCCGGUUCCUGGUGAAGUCCCAACCGUUCCUGGCAUUCCUGGUAUUCCCGGUAUUCCUUCAGGUCUGCCUACUCCUGGCGUUCCUACGGUCCCUGGACACCCCAACGACCCUGAAGAACCCGAAGAUCCUGAAGACCCGGAGGAUCCUGAAGACCCAGAGGACCCGGAGGAUCCCGAAGAUCCAGAAGAUCCUGAGGGACCUUCCAAGGGUGGCUGUGAUGACAACGGCUGUCACGGAACUGGACACCUCAUCCAAGACCUGGGCCCGCAAGCAAAUGACGUCCUGACCAUUGUUGGUGAACACACUGAGGAGCUCUUGCUUAAGCUCAGCCCCGGUGUUGCUGGUCUUCUGACUGGACUCGGCCUCCCUGGCUUGGGUCAACCCGUCGGUCACAUCAUUAAGAGUGCUGCCACCAUUGGCGAACUUAUCGCGGACUUGGGUGAUCCCGUCGAAUGUCUCUUGACCGUUAUUGGACAGGACGGCGGAUUCCUGUUGAUUGAGCUCGAGCCAUCCAUUGCCGGACUCCUCACUGGACUCGGACUGCCUAGUAUCGCUCAGCCCGUCGGCAGCAUCGUCGGCACUGUCGGCCAGCACCUCAAGCGUGGCGAUGGACUCCUCGAAGACCUUGCCCCCGUUGUGAACUGCGCUCUUAAAGUUGUUGGAGAGGACUCCAAGAUUCUUCUCAUUGCACUGAGCCAGCCCAUUGCCGAUCUGCUCAUUGGCUUGGGUCUCGGUCAGCUUGCCGAGCCUGUCGGCACUGUCAUCCAGUCCGCGGCGACCGUGGGCGACCUCGUCUAUGACUUGGGUGACCCCGUGGAGUGCAUUCUGACCAUCAUCGGUGAAGAUGGAGGCGCUCUGCUUGUUGAGCUUUCUCCUUCCGUUGCAGGCCUUCUUGUCGGGCUCGGACUGCCCGGUGUUGGUAUCCCCGUUGGCCAGGUGGUGAAGACUCUUGGCGAGGCUUUGUAGAUCAUACGGAGUACUCUCGUCGGACGUCCGAAAUCACUCCCGCCACUCAAGGGAAAAAAAGGGCCUGACCGAAAAGAGGACCUGAUCAGCGGUCUGAUGUAUCAAUGUGUAUGUAUAGUUAAGUUAAAAUCAGUGUACAUUAUUAGAUAAUAUCUUUUUAAUAACUAAGUUACCAUCGGAAUAAGUCACUUAAACCCGA